UAAUCCAAUAAAUAAACAUACACAAAUACAUUAGAGUUUAAUUAAUGCCAUGGAAGCUCCAUUUUCCUUCUAUGUUAUUCCCUUCAUUUUGUUGUUCCUAUUGCAUCGUCUAGCAAAAUAUUACAAGCCAAAAACAAGCCUUAACAAAUUGCCCCCUGGUCCAAGAAAGUUACCUCUAAUUGGUAACCUUCAUCAAUUAGCCAUGUCAAAAAAACUUCCACAUUAUGCUCUAAAAGAACUUUCACAUAAAUAUGGACCUCUCAUGCACCUACAACUUGGUGAAAUUUCCACAGUUAUUGUAUCAUCUCCUAAGUUAGCUAAGGAAGUAAUGAAAACCCAUGAUGUUGCUUUUGCCAAUAGGCCAAAACUUCUUUCCCCUGAAAUUAUGGCCUAUGGAUCAAAAGAUAUUGUAUUUUCACCAUAUGGUGAUUAUUGGAGACAAAUGAGAAAAAUAUGUGUGCUAGAGCUUCUAAAUGCUAAAAGGGUUCAAUCAUUUUCUUACAUUAGAGAAGAUGAGACAAAUAAAUUUAUAAAAUCGAUUCAAUCAUCGAUAGACACAACGAUCAAUCUGACUAGUAGAAUUUUAUCGAUGGUGAGUUCGACUAUUUCUAGAGCGGCGUUUGGUGAUAAAUCAAAGGACCAAGAUGAAUUUGUGGAUUUGGUUAGAAAGGUAGUUGAAUUGUCAGGUGGAUUUGAUGUGGAUGAUUUGUUUCCUUCCAUGAAAUUUUUACAUGUAAUAACUGGGAUGAGACCAAAGUUGGAGAAAAUUCACAAGAGGGCAGACACAAUCAUGGGAAACAUUGUUAGACAACAUGAAGAAAACAGAGGAAGACCAAAAGAAGACAACAAUAUUGAUGUUCAAAACGAAGAUCUUGUGGAUGUUCUUUUGAGAGUGCAACAAAGUGGUAGUCUUGAUGUCCAAAUAACAACCAACAACAUCAAAGCUGUGAUUUGGGAUGUAUUUGUUGCUGGAACUGAUACAACAGCGACAAUAAUAGAGUGGACUAUGUCAGAAUUGAUGAAAAAUCCAAGUGUGAGGGAGAAAGCACAAGCUGAAUUAAGAAAAGUAUUAAGAGGAAAAGAAAAAAUAUCUGAAAUUGAUCUACAUGAGCUUACUUACUUAAAUUUAGUAAUCAAAGAAACAAUGAGGCUACACCCACCUUCUCCUCUGUUGGUCCCUAGAGAAUGCAGUGAAUCAACUAUCAUUGGUGGUUAUGAAAUACCAAAAAAUACUAAAGUCAUGAUAAAUGCAUGGGCAUUGGCAAGAGAUCCUGAAUAUUGGAGUGAUGCUGAGAGGUUCAUUCCAGAGAGAUUUGAUGGUAGUUUUAUUGAUUUCAAAGGGAAUAAUUUUGAGUAUAUUCCUUUUGGAGCUGGAAGGAGAAUGUGUCCUGGCAUGUCAUUUGGUUUAGCAAGUAUUAUGCUUCCUUUGGCUCUAUUACUUUAUCACUUCAAUUGGGAACUCCCAAAUCAUAUGAAACCUCAUGAUUUUGAUAUGAUUGAACAUUUUGGAUUGGCAGUUGGAAGGAAAAAUGAGUUGUCUUUGAUUCCUACAAAUUACGUUCUAUGACUCCAUCAUACUAGAUCAUAAUGCUUGUUGAAGUCAACUCUAGACUAUACUCUUAUGUAAAAUUUUAACUUUUUCAAAAAUAAAAGUUCAACCUUAGUUGUUUCAUAAGAAUAUAAAUAAUUAAUGUUGUAAUAUGUGGUCAUUUGAAUUUAUCUUACAUGUAUUGUAUAUCAAGUAGAUGUAGUAAAAAUAAAACUUUGAUUUUGUUAUUUA